AAAAAGGCACAGAGGAACGCUAAUCGUAGCAGAGCUUCGUGAAGAUGGAGGCGUUGAAGGUUUGGAACCUAUCGGCGAGGCCCUUCAGUCGCCUCUUCCAGUCUUCCUCUCCUUUCUCCUCCGGUAAGCGACUAUAUUCUGCGUUUGUGGUGAACUGCUCCACAACCACUUCCGGUGCCGGCUCUACCACUAGGAAUCGUCGCUCUUCUUCCUCCGCCUCUAAUACUUCCGACCGCGAAGCCAUCCGCGCCAUCCGCCUCAAGAAGGUGGAAGAGCUGAGAAACAAAGGCUUAGAGCCGUAUGCUUAUAAGUGGGAGAGGACGCACACUGCUAAUCGGCUCCAAGAUAUUUACAGGAAUCUAGGCAAUGGUGAAGAGUCAAAUAGUGAGGAUGAUCAUGUUUCUAUUGCAGGGAGAAUUGUUGCUCGCAGAGCAUUUGGGAAGCUUGCCUUUCUGACAUUAAGAGAUGAUUCUGGGACAAUUCAGCUUUACUGUGAAAAGGAAAGGCUUUUAAAUGAUCAGUUUGAGCAGUUAAAGACGCUUGUUGAUAUUGGUGAUAUAUUGGGCGCUUGUGGCUCAAUGAAGCGGACAGAGAAAGGGGAACUUUCUGUUGUUGUAGAUUCUUUUGCUAUUCUUACAAAAUCUCUACUUCCACUGCCAGACAAAUAUCAUGGUCUAACUGAUGUGGAUAAGCGCUAUCGCCAAAGGUACGUUGAUAUGAUUGCAAAUCCUGAGGUAGCUGAUGUAUUCAGGAAAAGGGCAAAGAUUGUAUCAGAGAUACGCAAGACUGUGGAAUCUCUUGGUUUUGUUGAAGUUGAGACUCCAGUUUUACAGGGAGCAGCUGGUGGAGCUGAAGCAAGGCCAUUUGUCACAUACCACAACUCACUUGGAAGGGAUCUUUAUCUGAGAAUUGCAACUGAACUUCACUUGAAAAGAAUGCUGAUUGGUGGAUUUGAAAAAGUAUACGAGAUUGGUAGAAUAUUCAGAAAUGAAGGCAUUUCAACCCGUCAUAAUCCUGAAUUUACUACUAUAGAGAUGUAUGAAGCAUAUUCGGACUAUCAAAGUAUGAUGGACAUGGCUGAGGAAAUUGUCACACAAUGUGCUCUUGCAGUUCAAGGGAAGCUUACCAUUGAUUACCAGGGGGUGGAGAUAUGUUUGGAGCGGCCAUGGAGGAGGGAAACCAUGCACAAUCUUGUUAAAGAAGCCGCUGGGAUUAAUUUCAGUGAGUUGAAAAAUGAUCUUCAAGUUGCAAAAGAUGUUGUUGUGAGGACACUUGAAAGUGAGCUUGACAGCAAGGAUAAGUUUGCCAUUGAGGCAUGCCCUUCUCUAGGCCACCUCCUUAACGAGGUUUUUGAAAUUGUUGUUGAACCAAAGCUUCUGCAACCCACAUUUGUUUUGGACUAUCCCAUUGAAAUAUCUCCACUUGCCAAACCACACCGAAGGCAUGCAGGUCUAACUGAAAGAUUUGAACUCUUCAUUUGUGGUCGUGAACUGGCCAAUGCAUUCUCUGAGUUAACUGAUCCUAUGGACCAGAGGACACGCCUGGAAGAGCAAGUAAGGCAGCAUAAUCAAAAGAGAGCAGAAGCUGUUCUGGGUGCAGAUUGUUCAGAAGAAGAAGGAAAUAAAAAUGAGGAUUAUUCAUAUGAAGUGACUCUUGAUGAUGACUUCCUUACAGCUUUGGAAUAUGGGAUGCCGCCAGCUUCAGGAAUGGGACUAGGAAUUGACAGGCUGGUAAUGCUUUUGACAAAUUCUGCCAGCAUCCGGGAUGUCAUUGCCUUCCCUGUUCUGAAGAUUCAGCAGUAGUUGCACAAGGAGUCUGCAGAUGAGUUUUCUUAUGGAUCUACCGUUAUUCUAAGCCUCAAAGUGGAAUUUUUUGUGCCCUUGGAUCCCCAUUCCCCUCUCCCCCGCCUUAUUAGAAAAUUUUGAUCUUUCUUUUUCACCCGGAUAAAUUGAUCAAAGGGAUCCCUGACGUAUUUUAUGAGAAGAUGCAUAUUCUUUUGAUUUUUAGAUUAUAUUCAAACAAAUUUGUUCUUUUCAAGUUGCCUUUUUUAUCCUGAAUCAUGAUGAGUGCUUGCUUAAUCUGUGAAAUUGAUUAAUCCAUAGACAUGAAUGCAAAUGUAGUAUAUUCUGACUCUUUCUAACUCAGCUUCUGUAUCCAGAUGUUUGUAUCAUGUGGACAGUUUGGCUGGAAAGAAAAUCUAGUACACGCU